UUUGGUAAAAGUUGCGGGUUACGUUAGGAGGAGGUAUUUCCUUACGUGGCGAGUAGCAAAGAAAUCAGUGCAACAGCCGAAAUUACAAGAGGAUGCGAGAAAGUUCCAGCUGCCAGGACUGUUCAUUGGAAAGCGAGGGCUGCGUCAGUGUGAAGAUGAUGAAGUUCUGGUUGUUGUCUCUCCUCCUCAUUCAGAGUUGGUGCAGUAGGUGCGCUGAGGCCGAAAUCUUCACCUCAAUAGGUCAGAUGACAGACUUGAUUUUCACAGAAAAAGAGCUUGUGCAGUCCCUAAAGGAAUACAUCCGGAAAGAGGAGUCCAGAUUGGUUCAGAUUAAAAGUUGGGCCUCCAAAUUGGAUGAUCUGACCCACACCGCGACUGCUGAUCCCGAGGGCUAUCUGUCCCAUCCUGUGAAUGCCUACAAGCUAGUGAAGCGCUUGAACACCGAGUGGGCGGAGCUGGAGAGCCUUGUCCUGCAAGACCCUGCUGACAGUUUCAUUUCAAAUAUGUCUGUGCAGCGCCAGUUCUUCCCAGACGAGGAGGAUGAGAAAGGAGCAGCCAAAGCUCUGAUGCGUCUGCAGGACACCUAUAAGCUGGACUCUGAGAGCAUCUCCAAAGGCAGGCUGCCAGGCGUGACGUUCAACGCCCUCCUGAGUGUGGAUGACUGUUACGACAUGGGGAAGACGGCCUACAAUGAUCAUGAUUACUACCACACCGUGCUGUGGAUGCAGCAGGCCCUGAAGCAGCUCGAUGAAGGAGAGGAAGCUGUCGUUUCCAAGCCUGAAGUCCUUGACUAUCUCAGCUACUCGGUUUACCAGAUGGGUGACCUGCAUCGAGCCAUUCAACUCACAAGGCGCCUGCUUGCAGUCGAACCGACUCAUCAGAGAGGAGGAGCAAACCUGCGUUAUUUUGAGAGGCUGCUGGGAAAGGAGAUGAGGGAAAGUAACACUGAGCAGCCCCCUGUCGCAGAGGCACCUAUAGAGUUCAGAACCUACGAGAGGCCUGUCGGCUACCUGCCUGAUAGAGAUAUCUAUGAAGCACUCUGCAGAGGAGAGGGAGUGAAAAUGACUACAGAGAGGCAGAAGAAGCUGUUCUGCAGGUAUCACAAUGGGAACAGGAACCCCAGGCUGCUCCUCGCUCCUAUGAAGGAAGAGGACGAGUGGGACAGCCCGCGCAUCGUGCGAUACCUGGACGCACUGUCAGACACAGAGAUCGAGAGGAUCAAGGAAAUAUCUAAACCUCAGCUGGCACGAGCAACUGUACGGGAUCCAAAGUCAGGUGUUCUUACAGUAGCCAAUUACAGAGUAUCCAAAAGUACCUGGCUGGCAGCAGAAGACGACCCUGUUGUUGCCCGUGUGAAUCAGAGAAUAGAAGAUAUAACAGGCUUGACCGUGGAAACAGCUGAACUGCUUCAGGUGGCUAACUAUGGCGUUGGAGGACAGUAUGAACCGCAUUAUGAUUUCUCAAGACGCCCUUUCGACAGCGCUCUCAAGACGGAUGGGAAUAGGCUAGCAACCUAUCUGAACUACAGAGAUGAACCUGAGGCUUUCAAAUCCUUAGGCACAGGAAAUCGUGUGGCUACUUUUUUAAAUUAUAUGAGUGAUGUGGAAGCUGGAGGGGCGACGGUGUUCACAGAUUUUGGAGCUGUAGUCAGACCCAGAAAGGGCACUGCUGUGUUUUGGUACAACCUUUUCAGAAGUGGGGAAGGCGAUUACAGGACCAAACAUGCAGCCUGUCCAGUAUUAGUAGGGAGUAAAUGGGUUUCAAACAAAUGGUUUCAUGAAAGAGGGCAGGAGUUCCGGAGACCAUGUGGCCUGACAGAAGUCGACUGAAGAGCUCCUGUUCUCGCUGCUGAUGCCCUCUUGGUUCCCCCCCUGAAAAUCCUUUUUCAUUCACAAUAGUUCACAAUAAUUUUGCCCUGUUUACCAUCUAAAGUUUGACUUUUUUUUUUAUCAAGCCAAAGUUUUUACUGUCCUAUGAUAAAUAAAUCAUAGAUGUUCAAUAAAUUGUUAAAUUCCGUUCCCCCUUAAAAUACAUUUUAGUAAGUGUCUCUUUUCUUGGAAGUAUUGGGUGGGAUUGUUUAUUUAAAUAAAUUAUACUGUACUAUUUGUUAUGUGCCUUCAGUAAGAUUAAAGAAAUAAAAUGUCAAUGAUUUACCAUACCUUUGCUCCAAUUCAAAUGUGAGGUGUGUGUCUGUGUGUGUUUCUAACCUGUUACAAAACUAAACAAUGCUAAGGGUUCCGGUUGCAUAUUUCCUACAGUAUAUCUUGAAAUACCAAAAUGUCAUGCCUGGUUCACAGUGUAUGGAUCCACUUUAAAAAAAGAUUGAUUAUACAGCCC